AAAUGUUAUCGAUUUCCCCGCUCGCUGUUUGCUUGUGACAAUUCCCAUACAACAAAUACCUUGGUAACCUACUCCCACCUAUUUGUACGACCAAUCCCGCCCAAUUCUCCAUUUCUCCAUUAUUUGUUGCAAUCACCUCGUCCUUCAUCAUUACAUUUCCCUAUUUACUGUCAUAUAGGAGCCCUAUUUAGAUUAAACAGUCAUUAUCAGAGUUGUGUUUUUUCUUAGAUUUCGGGGCCAACGGCAUCGUACGGCAUCCUCCUUCCGUACAAAUAGAGGUACCAAAGUAUCUUUGGCAAAUUAUUUACGGACAUCCGCGCACAAGAAUUUAUCAUACACUUCUCCCACCCACCAUCUUUUACGACUUAGAUCAGUAUAUGCGACACAAUGCGCCUUAGGAAAGCAGCAAGAAUAAUAUUAGUCGGCGCUCCCGGAGUAGGAAAGGGCACACAGGCAGAACGACUUCUGCAACGAUUCCCCCAACUUUCUGCUAUCAGUUCCGGAGAUUUAUUGAGAGACAAUGUCAAAAAUCGGACUCCAUUAGGUAUAUAGAUACUUAUACUUUCAGAUAGAAUGCGACUCACAGAGACCUACAGGGAUUAAAGCAGAAAGCACUAUGCAGUCGGGCUCCCUCGUCCCCGAUGCCAUGAUACUUCGACUUAUCCUUCACGAAUUAAAAGCUCGCGGAUGGUUAUUUCCCUCGUCUACGCCGUCGAUGACGCUAGCGUCUAGCGCUGCAUUUGCGUCGUCCUCUGAAUUCGACACAGACUUAUAUGUCGAACAACCAUCACUGGCAGAAGCUUCGUCACCACCGCAAACAUCCGACGAUCCAUCCGCGUCUUUUAUACUUGAUGGUUUUCCUCGCACAGCCGGUCAAGCUUUUCAACUCGAUUCACUCAUUCCAAUAAACCUCGUCGUCUCCCUCAAAACUCCAGCCUCUGUUAUACUGGAGCGCAUUGCGGGCCGCUGGGUUCAUGCACCAUCUGGUCGGGUCUAUAAUACUACAUUCCAUGCACCCAAGGUCGCUGGACUUGAUGAUAUCACCGGGGAAAAGCUUACAAAGCGGCCCGACGAUUGCGAAGAAACAUGGAAGACACGACUCAAGAAAUUCGAGGAGACAAGCGAGCCAUUACUUGAACAUUACGCGCGCAAAGGAGUCUUGUGGGAAGUUGAAGGGAACAGCAGCGAUGAGAUUAGUCCCAAGUUAUACCAGGAGUUUGAAAGACGAUUCGCAGAAAUAUGAUUAAUGCUGCUAUGGUUUAAACGAUUUUGAGAAGGAUAAAGGGGGAUGGUGUAACCUAUCAUAUUCAUAAGGUUUUGGCGCACGGUGGGUAUAGUGAAAAUAUUUGGCUUUGCCUCUUAACAAGAUCAAUUUGCAUUUCAUGAUAUUUCGCUUAUUCUCCUUUUUCGUUCUCGAGGCCAAAUCGAAUAAUGCUCCAAGUGGGUCAAAUGAUUGCGCUUGUAAUUGAAAUUGAAUCUUGCCCGCUUUGACAAGUGCCGAUUGCAGGUAUGUAAAAAUGUUAUGUGAACGAGUUCUGAAUCCGUCAAUCAUCGCCAGCGUCACGGAGCAUAUGA